GGGUCGGGUCGGGUCGGGCCGCGCUCGCCGCUGCCGCACUCUGAGCCCUCGCCACCGGCCCCAGCGCCAUGCUGCGCCGCAAGCCUUCCAACGCCGGCGACAAGGAGCCGGGACACAGGAAGCUUUCCCUACAGCGUUCCAGCAGCUUCAAGGAUUUCAACAAGUCCAAGGUCAGCUCCCCCGUGUCAAGCGAGGAGUUCAACCUGGAGGAGAACAUCCCCGAGGAUGAUCCCAGCGCUGCCAGGCCUGAGGAGGCCGUGCGGAGCAGCGGGACGAAGCUGGGCAGGAAGUGGCGGGCGGUCAUCUCCCGCACCAUGAACCGCAAGAUGGGCAGGAUGGCUGUGAGGGCGCUGGCCGAGGGGAAGCAGGGAGAGAUGGAGGCGGAGGGGCCCCCAUGCCCCCUGUCCCCAGCCAGCAGCGUGGAGGAGCAGAGCCAUGACAAGGUGCCCUUGUUCCUGGAGCUGGAGGAGGAGGAGGACGGGCGCCCGGCCCUCGGACGCCAGAUGUCCAGCGGCAGUGACAUUCCCAGCCCUGGCGAUCCCAGGGACAGCCAGCUGCUGGAGGACACCGUCCCCGCCUACACUGGCCCCUUCUGCGGCCGGGCCCGCGUCCACACCGACUUCACCCCCAGCCCCUAUGACAAGGACUCCCUGAAGCUGCGGAAAGGGGACAUCAUCGGCAUCAUCGAGAAGCCACCUGUGGGCACCUGGACCGGGCUGCUCAACAACAAGGUGGGCUCCUUCAAGUUCAUCUACGUGGACGUGAUCCCCGAGGAGACGGUCCCUGCCCGCAGGAGCCGGGGCUCCAGCCGGAACAAGCGCCUCAAGCCCAAGACCCUCCAUGAGCUGCUGGAGCGCAUCAACCUGCAGGAACACACCCCCACCCUCCUGCUGAAUGGGUACCAGACCCUGGAGGACUUCAAGGAGCUGCGGGAGACCCACCUGAACGAACUGCACAUCACGGACCCCCAGCACCGCGCCAAGUUGCUGACGGCUGCCGAGCUCCUCCUGGACUAUGACACAGCCAGCGAGCCAGAGGAUGGUGACACCACCGAGGCCCCGCCAUCGCCCUCAGAGCCCAAAGGGGACAUUCCCCGGGACUCCGGCUGCUUCGAGGGAUCGGAGACCCUGGAUGGCAGCCGGGAGGAGGCUGAGCUGGGUCCUGAGGAGCAGCUGGGGGCUCUCUCCAUGGCAGAAUCCCCCUGAGCCCGCCGGCACCGCCA